AUGCCCGGGGCAGGCUGGACCAAGACCCAGAGUUCGGCGCUGAAGAAGAAACUGAUGGAGCUGCAUAACCAGAGCGAGAAAGCUGCUCGAGCGAUGAACACUGUGAAAACCAACCAAAGCCGAGCUGCUGAGACAGCUUCCAGAAAGAAAGAUUUGAUCAGAAGUGAGUUUUCAGAAAUUAAAGCUUUAAUUGAAGAAAGAGAAAAUGAGACCUUAAAAAUAAUUGCAGAGGAAGAAAAAAGAGUUUGCAAUAAGUUUGAUUAUAUUCACGGUAUUCUGGGAGGUAAGAAGAAUGAAAUCCAGUCUCUCAAAGAUCAGAUUGAGAUGGCGCUGACUGAAGGUGAUGACAUCCUGUUUUUGAAGAGAGCAGCAGCACUGCAACGAAAGUCAACAAAAGACACUUUCAUCCCUGUAAUUGAAAUGGACCAAAACUUGAUACAUUCCACUUACCAGUCUGCCAUUAACCUUAAAGACAUUGUGAAACUUUCGGUGUCUCAGUGUAGCGAGAAAAAAGCAGAAGAGCAUACCCGCAAAGAGAAAAUCCUUCAGCAGGCUCAAGCCCCUUUGCAGCUGGAAGCAGAUACCGAGGAGAAAAAGAAACCUGUUGAAGUUGCACCACCCACGGGACCACUAAAUGCUGCAGCUGCCAUGACAGUUAAAGAGCUUAUCAACAACUUUCUGAAGAAAUCCAGAGAGGAGCUUUUGCAGUAUGCUGCGAACAUCACGCUGGAUUACAACACAGCUCAUAACAAAGUGAUUCUGUCUGAGAGAUACACCAGGAUGUCUGUCUCAGACACCUCCCUGAAUUAUAACCACCACCCUCAGCGCUUCACUGAUUGUUCCCAAGUGCUGGGGUUCCAGUGCUUCAAGAGGGGCAUCCACUACUGGGAAGUGGAACUGCAGCAGAACAACUUCUGUGGUAUUGGCAUCUGCUACGGCAGCAUGGAACGGCAGGGGCCAGAGAGCCGCCUGGGCAGGAACAGCAGCUCUUGGUGUAUUGAGUGGUUUAAUUCCAAAAUAUCAUCCUGGCAUAAUGAUGUUGAAAAGUGCUUACCCAAUGUGAAGACUACCAAGAUUGGUGUGCUGCUCCACUGCGAGGCAGGGUUUGUGAUUUUCAUGGCUGUUGGGGAGAAGCAUAACUUGAUCUAUAAAUUCAAAACUCAGUUUACUGAAGCCUUGUACCCUGCCUUCUGGUUAUUUUCCAGUGGCACUGUUCUCUCUCUCUGCCAAAUGAAACAGUAA